AUGGCGGCCGGAGGAGGGUUUUCGUUUGGCCAAUCAACUAAUCCUGGAUUUGGUACCACAAAUACUGGAUUUGGUGGUACUGGCCAAACAUCAGUUUCAACUGCAUCAACUACUGCAAGUUACCUUUUUGGAAGUAAUACAACUACAGCUUCAACUGGAGGGUUUUCUUUUGGUACAACAACAACAACACCUGCCACUUCAAGUGGAGGUUAUUCUUUUGGUAGUUCUAACCCAGCAAGUCGGGGUGGAAUGAUGUUUGGAAUGCCAUCAACUACUACUAGUACAGUUACUGCAGCCCCUGCAGCUGGAAAUAGUGCUUUUUCAUUUGGUAAUACACCAUCAUCUUCAGCAGCAGCAAUAUCUACUUUUGGUACUUCUUCCACCCAAACAUCAACUGGUGGACUCUUUGGAUUCAAGCCACAGAGCAGUGUUGCUCCUACAACAAGCAGUGGGUUGUCUUCAAAUUUAAAUACCAAUUUUUCAUUUGGACAGCAGACUACAUCAGCACCUACUUUUGGUGCACUGGGUACUGCCACAACAACUACAGCAUCAUCAUUUGGAGGAUUUUCUUUUUCAAAGACAGCCACAACAUCAGGACCAACACUUGGAAGUAACACAGGAUUUGGUCUUGGUGGCUCCAAUUUUUUAUCUUCAACUACAACUAGUGCAGCAUCUAUUACUGGGAGUAUAUCAAGCUCACAAGUAGCUUCCAAAGGUUUAGGUGGGGUUGACCCUAAAGUGUCUGCUGGAAUUUCAGAUGGCAGUGGACAAAAUGGAAAACAAAUUAAUUCAAAAGCUCUGAAAGAAAGCCAACUACCAAACCAAUUGAGUAUGUGUGUGGAGCCUUUAAAAAAGUAUAUUAAACAAGAAAAAACAAUUCGAGAAAACAUCAGCAGGAUGACAUCAAAAUCUAUGCUGAAGAUCCAAGCUGAGAUGACAGCUCUCCGACAAAUUCUUGGAACUGUUUCUAAUGGUGUACAAAGAAAUGCUGUUGCUGUGGAAAAAUUAAAAAAAGAGACAGUCCAAGAACUGAAAAAUACAGAAAUGGGCCAGAGAACUGAGGAAAUAUCUGCUGUUUUACAAGAUGAAAACACAGCUCCAACUGAAUAUUUUCAGCAUCUAUUUGAAGAUUUUGAAGUGCAAAUGAAAGCCUAUAAAGUGGAAAUCCAGAAUCUUGAAAGCCACAUAAUGUCUUUACAUCAACCAAGUAGAUUAACACCAGAAGUCAAAAACUUUUUCUCCAGGUCUCUUUAUUCAUCAGUUCAUGAAUCUGUCAAAACAUUAAAGGAAAAGUAUUUGAACUACAGACGUAUUUUCCUUGGAGAUACAAAAGAUAUCUUUGAGCUAAAAAAGAAAGCUUCUUGUCAAACUGAUAUACCUGCUCUUGAAUCUCAGCAAGGUCCUAAUCCAUUCAGUGGUUUUCCAAGUACAACUGCAAUUGCCUUAGCUGCAGCUCUCAGUCGAAAUCAACAAGCAUCAAGCUCCCUUCUGGGCUCAUCAGGGGGCAUGUUUGGUGGAGGAGUGAACACAGCUGCAAUUCCCAACACUGGCACUCAGCUACCACAGAUGACCGCAGCUACACAACCUCUUGAAGCUGGAGGCGGCUUUGCAUUUGGAACACCACAACAGCAACCGCUACUCCAACCACCUCUGCAACCAGGAAAUUCUUCAUUGUCACCUACAGGUUCCAGCUCACAAUUUGGGGUUCAAAACAGACCUUUUCAGUUACAAAAGCCUCCUCCACCAGCCAGUAAACGAGGCAAGCGGUGA